AGAAUAGGAGGUCCCAACUCGCAUGCCCCUGCUGCUAUCGAUCCCCCUUCCCUUCCUCUCAGUCUCCGGAACCCUAAGUUUCUCCCCAAAAAUCCUGUAUCCAGCUAUUUGCUGAGUUCAGUAGGGGCGCGUGGCAUGAUUGCGCGGGCUAGUCAUCCGGCGGUGCAUCCGGCCCCGAUGGUGGCGCAGGCGCAGGGACAGGGGCUGGCUCCGGCUGCGGCUGUGGCGGAGCAGGCGGGGAACGGGAACGCGCCGCCGCCCGGGGUGCUGAUGGAGGACCUGUUGUGGGCGCCCGGGACGCGCUGCGGGCUCGGGAACCGCCUCGCGCAGGCCCUCCUCGCGUCCGCCGCCGUCGCCUUCAUGGCUUCCACGAAUGACUUCCAGGUGGUCACCGCGUACCGCUACCUUGUAGCAGCAGCGACAUUGCAAUUCCUGUGGAGCUUCCUCCUGGCCAUAAUUGGUGCAUACGCGCUUCUUGUCAAACGCUCACUCCGGACUCCCCGACUUACCAUCAUCUUUUUCAUUGGGGACUGGGUCAUAGGAGCGCUGAUUUUUACUGCAGCGAGUGGGUCGGCAGCCAUCACCUUUCUCAUUGACGACAUGCGAAUGUGCUCGGAGAACCACUGCCCAAGCUUCAGGGCCGCUACCGUCCUGGCUUUCCUGAGCUGGUUCCCGAUCGCGCUGUCCUGUCUCUUUAACCUCUUGGCAGCGAUCCACCGAGUGCAGAGUUUCUAGUUGGUGGAACAAGAAUCGGUCUGUUUGUCCAACUAAUCUACUAAUAUAACUAUACCACAACCAAGAUUUCCAUAGGUGGAUAUUCAUAUGGUAUGGAUAUUUCUGUAGAAACUCGUGACUAGGGACAGUAGCUUGACUGAUGAUCAGAAGGGUGGUUGUGGAGCUCUGCAGUUUAUCUACAGGAGCUUAUGUAAGUAUGUAAACCUUGUUAUAUAUUACAGAAAUAAAACUGACUAGGCUAGCGUCA